AUGGCCGACAAACACGUCGACAAAUUUUUGCAAGCGUAUCCAGUUCAUAUUGAAAUGCCAUUACAGCAAUUUGAUUGGGUAGAAUUCAUCAGUCAGGCCAAACUAUUUUUCAAUAUUAGUGCCUUUCACUAUCAAAAGAUACUGGGAAAAGUUGGUAAGGAUACCAAAAGUCAAGUUGCUUCACUUGCUUGUAUAUUAUACAAAGACAUAUACUCAGUCUUUGUUUUCCUCAUGACUUUAAUAUAUCUAAAGAUAUAUCUUAAUUUUAGACGAUAUAUGCAAACUAUUUUUAUUUUUGGCAUCGGAAUGUUAUUAAUAAUACAACAAGAUGAAUCUUCAAUUGUCCAAUUUUAUAGGAUGCUGUCCUGUAUCAACGGCUAUUGGUGAUAUAGCUAGUGGCAAAUCGACGGCGCUGCACGUUAUCAGCAAAAUGAUGGGUAUGCACAUGGUCUCGCAGUCCUCGGGAGAAUUUGUUGCCUCCGAUCUUUCCAAGACAACCAUUCCAUUGAGCUGGGACGAUCCCACGCAUCCAAGUCUCUUGCGUCAACCAUCAGUUUCUGCCUUCAAUGGACUCGGGCGUCAGACAAAAUUACGAGGAAAUGAAAUACCACUCACUUCGUUUCUAUUGACAAUCAAUUUCAAGAUGGAUGACGACAUGAGGUAAAAUAAUAUAUGACAUGAUAGAUAGAUUUAUAGAUAGAUAGUUUAAUAGAUUUUACAUGGCAGCCGAAUUGCGUAAAAUUAACAAAACUUACAAGCAAAUUAAAAACAACACAUACACAAUUACAUAUUACUGAAUGUAAUAGUAUUACAUAUUAUAUGACAUCAGUGCAAAUUCAGAUGUGUCCCCCACCACCACCACUGCUAAAAUAGAGAUCAACCAAAGUUGUAAGCACAGCUAGAAAGACCCAAAAACAUGCAUAAAAGCAAAGCAUGUUGCUAUAAAGAACUGAUAGACAGAAAAUUUCAUUAGAAAACCCUUACAAUUGAGCGACCCCAGUUAGCUGUAAAUAGCUAAAUACGUUGACACUAAAACAAAGUUAUUCAUCCAUCCAUUCAUUCAUUCAUUCAUUCGUUUAUCCAUCCAUUCAUACCAAAUACGAGAUAUGUAGCACAUGCUAUACCAAACAACGUUUCUUAGCAAACACAUGCCAAGUUUGAACAAUUGGUGUCCAUAAUUGUUAUAUCAACAAUCUAAAUUUACUCAACCAUAUUCAUAGAUCCUUUGAGCAGACGACUCCAAUAUGGUUUAACAAGUUGGUACCAGCAGAGGAGGGCACAUCAAUGCCAUUCUUGGACGGUCGACACGUGAUGUUUGAGAUGGCCACAACAAACUGUGUUUUAGAUAUAAUACGCUUUUCUGUAAGCAUAAAUGACGCGGGCCUUUCGGAGCACACCAACUUCUUCAAAAGCAAGCUUGCAGGUCUUUUGCCUCGUCUUCCUGAUAUUUACUCUAUCUACAGGUUCUUUGCCUUUGAGGUAAGCAACAAUGGCUAUUACUAAUUAAAUUAAUACUGUUUGUUAUAUAUCCGAGGUUUUCUCCUUAUAUGUUCACCUGAAGGAAUAAAAUUAUAGGUUAAAAAUGUUAUUUUUAAAAUUUGAAUAGCCGAUUCACACGUAGCCUGAAUUUCAGACGUCCAUUGUUAAUAUGUCCAAUCCACAUGUUGCUGUCUCUAAACUUUCAGGAAAUCGAUUUGUUAAGGAUUGUUUCUAACAAUUUUUUUUUAUUGUUAACUUCCACAACGUUUACAUACCCAGACGCCUUUGGUAGAUUAUAUAUGCUCACCUCUGCACAGGAUAGCGAUCCAAAUCUUGUGACAUGAUAUCAUGAGAGGGCAUAUAAUUUAAUCCUAAAAAGACCGAGGAACAUAACCAGAGAGAAGCCAAGCAAAACAAAAAUCGUUUCUUUCUUAUAUACAAAUAUGACGUAUUUAUGGGCUGCCGUGAGAGGGCUACAAGUUUCACGAGCCUUCCAAGUGUAGCCUAAUUGUCUAAAAACUUUCGCUUAUAGAUUGUGAAACUUGUGGACGACAGCAGCAUCGUCAGUACAAUGGAAGUUGACAACUACCUCAACACAGAUUUUCUGCUCUUCAUACGGUCAAUGUAUGUUGGGAGUGCCAAAGCGCUCACAUCAUUUGAGGAAUUCUUCAAUUUGCUUCUUCAAGCAAUUAUAAAAUGUGGCUAUAAAAAGGAUAAGGUACAUACAAUUUUAAUUUAUUUUGGUAAUGUAGAAAUAAAAACGAGAAAAUAUUGUUUUGUUACCUUUCAUACCCAGAGCCAAAGAAUAAUUAUCGGGAGAUGUUGACCAAUCACAAACGAGAAUAUGGUUUGAAUAUAUAAUAAUUAACAAUUAUUGGAAUUAUCAAGGUAGAGAUAAGCAGCCUAGCCGAAACUGAUAAUGCUUAACGAGACUGUGAUAAUUUUGCAUAUCAUGACAAAAACUGAAUUCAAUUAUCGUUCUGGAAUUAUACAUUUGUUUGUGUUAAAUAGAUACCGCUUGCUAAUCAUCGCAGGCUCAUUUGCAGAUAACUCGGUUAUCUGCAGAUAAAUGAAUUUUCUGUAGGUUGCGUGAUUUAACUGUAAGCUCUUAGCCAAUCAAAUUGUUUUUACCAACUACAAUGUAUAAUAAUAACAUUUAUAUGCUCUUUGCAUUUAGUUGUCAAAGUGGAUCAAACCUGUGGUGCAUGGCAGGAAGGAGAAAAUAGACUCCUCGCAUUGAUCAUCCAGAAUGCUACCUUCACCAUAGAGAACGCAGGCUUUCAAAAAAUUAGCGAUAAGAACAUUCGCGAUUUGGCAAAGGGGAUGCCACAUGCAAAUGUAAACCAGAAGGCCAGUUUUGCUGAUAUGACCAGAAAGGUGUCCUGUUCACAUUCUUCCAAAAAAAAGCAUUGACGAACUUGAUGAAAGUAAGUUUUGAUAAAGACCUUCAUACCCAUUUUAUUUGUUCAUUGCAUUUUUCAUGACAAAAAAUUACCUUGCUAGGUAUCACUUUUUUAGACACAUUUCAAUGGUUAACCCUAGCUCAUAACGCAUGGAAACUUUCUUAUAUUGGUGUACAAUUGGACAAAUUAUUGAACACUUGAAUACAUAUGUACAAAAUAAUGUCUCAACGACGAGAAAUGUGAAAAAAACACAUGAAUGUUUGAGGUGUGCUGAUCUCCAAGAAGAGAUCAGAAUUACGGAUGAAAAAGUAGAGGCCAAGGCAAAAGAAACUGAAGAUUUCCAUUAGCAACAAAUUUUGGAAAUCAAAAGGAGGCACAAAGAAGAGCUUGGAAGUUUAAAGAGAGAAAACGCAGCUCUAUCUAGAAGAAUUUUGCAAUUACAAAAUGACGCGAGAGAAAUGAGUAGACAAAUUGACUUCCUUUCUGGCGUCGUGCGCGAGGCAGAAAAGAGAACGGCUGUGCCAAGUCAAACAGAUAAGCCAACAAAGCAGAGUGAUGGAACAUCUGUGACAAAAUCUGUUGCCAGGAUAAUCGGUGAGUUUAUCAUAAACAUUUUUUUUAAUUGUAAUUACAAUGUGUGUCCAAUUAGUACUGUACGUUUUAAGCCUGUUUUCUAUAGUUAUUUACUGCCAAUUGCGUUCAAAGAAACUUUGGACAUUCGCCACCCACUGACUUCGUGUGGAAAGGUCUAUUUGUUGUGCAACACUAUAGGGGUAUAUAACACGCUUUCACUUUGCAUUCUAUAAAUAAAAUGACACAAUUAACAUUUAUUCGUCUCAGGCUCGGUGAUUAUCGGGGAAUAUUAGCCGAGACGAAUGUUUUAGUAUUUUUACACAAGUUUGUGUUUUUAUUUCGCUUAUUUCUUUAUCAGUAACUUCCACAAAAAGGCUAGCCGCCAUUUUAAAAAAUUAGGUUUUGUUGUAUUCACCUGUAGGUGAAUAUUAACUUAUUAUAUUAACCGAACGCAAGGUCUGUAUAGAAAAAUAUCAGAGAUUUUGUUUGUACAGACCGAGCCCGUAGGGUGAGGUUUGUACAAAAAGACCGAGGUCCGAUAUUUCUCUGUACAUUGAGCAAGCGAGGUUAAUAAAAAGUUUAUUAUAUGGCAUUUAUAGGUAUUUAUACUUGAAACAAAAAGAGAAAUGCAAGAUUUGAAAUGUAUAUUAGUAUCGUAGUACACAUUUGGUCGAAAAAACAAAAAAAUACCAAUACAUUCCUUCUUUUCAACUAAAAACCAUCCGCAUAUAUCUUAUUAAUAACAUUAAAUUAUAAUUUACAAUUUGAUGGACUGCUGAAAGUGCUUCUUAGCCAAUCAGUCUCUCAUUUCACCGGAAGUGAUGCUUGCCUUAUAAUAAAACAGCUUAAUACGUCAAAUUUGACCAAUCAACUUGUGGGAUUUGUUGUUAUAUUCACUUGUGCAAAAAUACUAAUCUUGUUUAUUUGCUUAUGAUAGAAUCUUCAGUCGACAAUGAAGGAAAACAGUUAGAUCUUAACGACUCAGGUGGGUUCAAACUUUUCAUGCAAAAUCACUAUUUAUAUAAUUAUAUAGUAUAACGAGAUGAACCAGAUCUCAAUUCUGUGUUCAGAGUGCGCAUGGCGAAAGCUCGCCUAAUAAUAUAUAAUUGGAAGUAAAAGCAUGGUGGAGUUUGGCAAAAAGUGCAUUACUGAAGCUAAAUCUCGAUGAAAAUUUUCCGUCAAUGGAAUGCUGCCAAUAACUAAUAAGUGUUAAAAUUUUAGCAUUGCGAAAUGUUGCAGACUCGCUGAAUUCAGAAUUAUCAAAUAGUAUGGCCUAUGGGUAAAGUCAGAUAACAUUAUUCGUCCAUAAAGACCGUAUUAUUUUUCUGUCUACUAAUAACAUACAAUUUCAUUUUUUAGGUUUAGGACAUGAACUGGACGACGAAAAUACUUCAAGGGGUAUCUGUUUUUGUGAACAUGACUUGUAUUUCAUAAAAAUUAUACCUGCGUUCCACCUUGGUUAA